AUUGAAGUAGACUGUUGCAGAAAGGACUCCCGUUCGUUGCUGAGGUCCUCAAACAUCUGGCCGGGCUUGUGUUUUCAUCUAUUGACGCUGCAUUGCAAGCUCCACUAGAGGCUCGCUGAUACCUUCAGCAUGGACUUACUUGCCGGAUAUGGCUCUGGGUCUGAUGCAGCGUCUGAUGCUGAAGACGCUCAGGAUCCUUUAAGCAACGGUGUUGCAACGGAUCGCGGCGGGUUGCUUGCCAAUCUACCUCCUCCAUCCACAAGUCAAGCAAGUGCAGGAGACACCACCCUGUCCGGCAUGCCUGCGCCCAGGAGGUCCAGAAAACCCGUGAAGUUCAUGUUACCUCGCGCUGCCAUCCCUGACAGCAGUGACGAGGAGGACCAGCCGAAAAAGAAGAAGGUGAGGCCGGACACUCGCGGCAAGCGCCUGGGGGAUGUCCUGCCUGCCCCCAAGAGCGACUCUGUGCUGGGAGGAGGCCUUGGAGCCGGCGGCGGAACGCGGCUGCUGGACAUUGGUGAUGAGGAUGACUUCAAGGACAUGCCGCCCACGGGCGAUGGGGUUCUGGGGGGCGCCGACGCGUACACUGGGGGAAAUGAGGAAUUCCGCGUGGAGGACGAUGUGUUGCCGGCCACGGAGUACGGGGCAGCGCCUGCCGCAGACUACGGCGCUUACGGUUCCGGCCCCACAGCAGCUUACGGUACCAAUGGUGCUGCGCCUGCCGCGGCCUCCUACGCAGCUCCUUUCAGCGCACAGUUUGGCAAGAAUGGUGGUGCGUACGGGCAGAAUGGGGCUCACGCUGGCCCUGAAGCUGCACCAGCGAAUGGCGAGCAGCUGCUGCAGGAGGCGAUGCAGGCUGAUGCCCGAGGGGCCGCCCGCAGAAACGCAAAAGACCCCUUCGCAAAUCUUGGCGUCCAGUUUAAGGAGGUGAAGCAGGACAAGCUGAAGUACAUUGACCCGGGGAAGAAGGAGGCCGCGAACGCGGCGCGCACCGCGUUUGGGGCGGACUACGAGGCCAAGCUGCGGCAGGAGGCCGGCGCGUUGCCGGACAAGCUUGCGCGGCGCAAGCACCAGAUCUCCUCGCUCUUUUACCAGGCCAAGAUGAAGGAGCUGGAGGUGCUGGAGACGAAGACACAGGGCAUGAAGACCAAGGCAGAGACGCAGGCCAAGUAUGGAUGGUGAUGUGUCUGAGGUUGUGAAUUGGAUUAUAUCAGGCAGUAUAGGCACAGCUGCUGUGCAUAUUGAUGGGCAGUCCUUCUAUACCGUCGAAAAUCAGGGUAUCCUUACAAAUGCGGCAAGUGUUUCAACUGCAUGAGCAACCAGUAAAUCCUAGCAAAGC